CUAAUUUACCUGGCGUCCAUAUUGCCUACGCUGUUGUUGUCUUGAGCGUAAAAUCGACUUAAUAUUGAAGCCUACAAUCAGAGGAAAAACAUUGUAGUAGGUUGUUUCGUCGACGGAAAAACCUUUUUGCUCUAACAAGAUGCAUUUGAAAGGAUUCCGUUCGAUUUUUCUUCACGGCAUCAUAUUGGCUUUCCUCUUCGAAGUCUGUUCUUGUGAUGAUGACUUCAGAUGUCCGUACAAUAUUCACGUGAAUAAGGGACAGAUCAUUGAGGCCAAAGCAUCUGUGGACAAUGGUGCCUCGUUUUUGAAACAUUAUGAAGUUCGCGAUGCUCGAGAGUGUUACAAGUUGUGUUGCGAACGAAGAAACUGCGAUCUCGCGCAAAUGCAAUACAAAAAUUAUACGGAUGGAUUCUUCUCGGAAUUACAGAAGGUUUGUUUUAUGUUCCACUGCGGAAAGCCCAGUAAAUGUCUCUUUGGACAACACGAUCACUACGCUACGAUAUCUUACGACAGACCAAGUGAAGAACUAUCGUACAUAGACGGCAAUCAGUUUGGACCUUCAUCUGUUAAAACUGGGGAAGCAAAAUUGGGCACCGCGAAAGAAAUUAAACCUUCUGUUCGCGAAGGUAAUACAAAAGACAGAGUUCAAGAAUCAUCACAAUACAAACCACCUUCAAGACACUACACGACUGAGGAACAAGACAAAUAUGAAGAGGAAGAAGAUUUAAGGAGUCCUUGGAAACAGAAAUCCUAUGAAGGGAGUGCUGUGCAUUCAAAACAACCUUUUGGAAAAGAUAGGUAUCAUAGCAAGAACACACAUGAAUCAUUGUCAGCGAAAAAACCGUCAAGGCCAGUUCUAGAUAAAGAUGAAUACUCAGAAAAUUCUCAAGAAUCUCAAAAGCCUUAUUACCAAGUUACCUCAAAUCAUCCUGAUUUCCCUACAAAACACCAGCAUGUAAACAUGAAAGGACCUGUAAGACCUGGAAACCCUGUGAAAGAAGUGGCUAAGGAACCAACUGAAGAGAAGGCAACAACACACAAUUCUGAUGACGUGGAUAGGGAACUUGAGAGAAAACUAGAGGAACUUAUGCCAAAAACAGACACUCAACAAUAUCAGCCUUCUGGUGGUGACACGAAGGCUGUGCCCACAACUGCUAAACCCACCUUUCACCAGUGGAGGCAAUUUGUUGACAAUAACCCAAAUUUUCCAUAUACAAUUCCAAGCGAAGUAGAACAUCCAUUAGAACAAGCAGUGGAGAAGCAGACAGAAAAACCUGUUGAAAAACCAGUGCAGAAAAAGCCAGUAGAGAUUCCUGCACAAAAACAAGUUGAUGUGCCUGUGCAGAAACCAGUGGAGGUGCCUGUGCAAAAGCCAGUACAGGUACCGGAGCAGAGGCCAGUACAGGUACCAGUGCAGAGGCCAGUAGAGGAAACUGUACAGAAGGUACCUGUACAGAAGAAACCAAUAGAGGUACCUGUACAGAAGAAACCAGUAGAGGUACCUUUACUAAAACCUGUGGAGAAACCAAUACAAACCCAAGUACCCAAACCUUGGCAGGAACCAACAGAACCAGAGAAAGAACCACCCAAGCCAACAGAACCUAUAAUAAUUACAGAAAAAGCAAGAGUUCAUGAUGAACCCAAACAGCAACAUGAUGAGCGUCCCUUGAUUGAAGUGCCAAUCCAGAGCAAAAACAUCUCUGAUGUGGUGGUUAUUGAAACACACAGGCUAAAGAUCAUUGAGAACAAGGCAGUUCUUCCACUAGCAAUAUUCCUCGUGAUUGCAAUUUUAUUGCUGUUUGUUGUGGCCCUUCGUUUAAGAAUUGUCAAAAGCAGAUUAAAAAGGCGGCCAUUUGCAACAGAUGAUGCUGAUUAUCUAAUCAAUGGCAUGUACUUGUAACAUACUGCUAAUGGUGAUCAAGCUAUAAAUACAUAUAUUAGUCAUUCUUCUGUGAAAACACCAUGUUUUCAUAUGGAUAAUUUCCUUACAUGAUAGACCCUCUCAGGGCCAAGUUCCAAUAUUACUAUUAUUACUAAGGUGGCCUAAUACAGAUUUGUGUGAGCUUGGAAGCAUUUAUUUAAUUGCCACACAGAGAUUUCAAGAAAUUUACAUGGUUCCAGUACCCGUAAAAAAGGUUUCUUUGUUCAAUUGCAGCUUUAUGUUAGGUAUUUUUAUUCAAAGAAAAAGUAUGCGUGAUCGUGAGGUCUGCCAAAAAAGACUUUGAAAAUUAACAGGGCUUUUUCUUGAAAAUCUUGUACACUUCUGACCCGAAGUAAUACAAAAUGCAUCUGUUAGAAGUCAAUUUUCUGUAAAUAGUAAAGCUGCAUUUGCCAUGGAAACAGCAAGCACUUUACAGAAAAUGCCCAAAUAUUACACUCUUCAUGGUAACACUUGUACAUUUUAUUGAAAUUGCUUCAUAAGGUGCGUAAGUUAGGGACAUGGUUGAAAUUUGUAAUUCAGAUUAUUUAAGCUGUUGGCAAGUAUCACUUCCAGAAGUUGGUUACAUAUUUUUUGAACUGUUGACCUUUGUUGCCCUGUGGAUUCAAUUUAGAAAUAAGUUAAAGAAGCAUUUGGAUUCUCAUUUCUUUGUGGCAAAUGAUUACUUUAUCCAUAUGAGGCAGAGUACACAACUGAUGAUUCAUAUGAAAUUAGGUGCAUUUCUCUUUGAAUGAAAGUAGAAAUUAGCACCCUAGAAACAAAGGGUGGCAAUUGUUUUGGAAACCUAGCAAUCAGGGUUCUCCAGAGUUAUCUAACACCUUCAUUUUAAUUAUUUAUACUUGUAAGAGGAAAUUGUACAAUUGUAGUCAGUAUUUGCUGCAAUGGCACAAUUCUUAUUGUGACUCAAAACUUAUGAUUUGGAAAAGGACUUUCUCUUUUUUCCAGAGAUCUCAGAUCUAACAUAAUUUGUGGUAAUGCUGUGUAAAAGCUUUGGUCUUAACAAAACAUUUAGUUGGUAAUAAGAUUAUUAUGAGUUGUACAUACUCUUUAGGAAGAAGGAUGUAAUAAUUUUCUGAAAAAUAUCAAUGUAAGGGUAUUGUAAUUUAAUACAUUGCCAAGAACUGUAAGUUCAGCCAGCAUUUUUCUGAUAAGUGUUUAGCUAAGGAGGAACUAGAGUAUGUAUUCAUGACUGAGAGGUUGAUUCAAAUUUUGAAGGCCAUUGUAAGAUAAUAAACACAAUAUGGCUGUCAAUAAAUUCAGAGAAAUGUGGAAAACAGACAUAUUUGAGAAGAUUGAGGCAAGAAGGACAACAUUCAAACAAUUUUCUUUGGUAGCAUUCUUUGAAUGUAACAAUGCAGUUAUUCACUAUCUAGCAAAAAUAUUAAGCUGCAGAUUUUUGAUCAAUUAAGGGGCAACAUCUGAAUAGAUUCAAAAUGGGAAUUGAAUUUAUAUCGAAUUUAUUUUCAUAGUAAAAUAUUGAUUCAGUUAGAUAUUGCUGUCAUCAAACAUCACUUAUUUCUUAGCUAUUGAGUAAUAAAAAAACAUGUAUUUUCCCUUCAAUGAUGGCUUAUCAGUUGAAACAAAGUAGUAGUAACUUGUUUCAUUUGUCUGUAGGCAGAUUUGCAAUGCAGUGAAUAAAGUUAAAAUUCAUGUGAGAA